GGCCCGGGGAGGCGGGACUAGCGGAACUCCUUUCACGAGGCCGAGACGAGGUCUGGACCCCGCUGGCGCGGCGGCGGUGGGGUCGUGGACCCCGCCCAGUAGACCGGGUCACUGACCGCACCGUCGUGGCCGCCAUCUUGCCCGAGUCCGGCUCCCGCGGCGGGGAGGGGCGGCCGCUGAGACCGGAAGCGUCUGUGCGGCGUCCACGCUGCCGCCCGAGGUGGGUGAUGAAUGGACCUAACCGGACUCUUCAAGUACAUCUAUAAACAUGAGCGGUACCAAACCUGAUAUAUUGUGGGCACCACACCAGGUUGAUAGGUUUGUUGUUUGUGAUUCAGAACUAAGCCUUUAUCAUGUGGAAUCUACUGUGAAUUCAGAACUCAAAGCUGGAUCUUUACGUUUAUCUGAAGACUCUGCAGCUACAUUACUAUCUAUCAAUUCAGAUACACCCUAUAUGAAAUGUGUUGCCUGGUAUCUCAAUUAUGAUCCUGAAUGUCUCCUAGCAGUUGGACAAGCAAAUGGGCGAGUUGUACUUACAAGUCUUGGUCAAGAUCAUAACUCAAAAUUCAAAGAUUUAAUUGGAAAAGAAUUUGUUCCAAAGCAUGCACGACAGUGCAAUACUCUAGCAUGGAAUCCAUUGGAUAGUAACUGGCUUGCUGCUGGUCUAGAUAAACAUAGAGCUGAUUUUUCAGUGCUUAUUUGGGAUAUCUGCAGCAAAUAUACCCCUGAUAUAGUUCCAAUGGAAAAAGUGAGACUUUCAGCAGGUGAAACUGAAACAACAUUACUAGUAACAAAGCCACUUUAUGAAUUAGGACAAAAUGAUGCUUGUCUCUCUCUUUGUUGGCUUCCACGAGACCAGAAGCUUCUCCUUGCUGGUAUGCAUCGUAAUCUGGCCAUAUUUGAUCUUCGGAAUACAAGCCAAAAGAUGUUUGUAAAUACAAAAGCUGUUCAGGGGGUUACAGUAGACCCAUACUUUCAUGAUCGUGUUGCUUCCUUCUAUGAAGGUCAGGUUGCAAUAUGGGAUCUUAGGAAAUUUGAGAAACCAGUUUUGACUUUGACUGAGCAACCAAAACCUUUAACAAAAGUAGCGUGGUGUCCAACUAGGACUGGACUGCUUGCUACUUUAACAAGGGAUAGUAAUAUUAUUAGAUUAUAUGAUAUGCAACACACACCCACUCCCCUUGGGGAUGAAACUGAACCUACAAUAAUUGAAAGAAGUGUGCAACCUUGUGACAAUUACAUCGCUUCCUUUGCUUGGCACCCGACAAGUCAAAAUCGAAUGAUAGUAGUAACUCCCAAUCGAACAAUGUCUGAUUUCACUGUAUUUGAAAGAAUAUCUCUUGCUUGGAGUCCAAUUACAUCUUUAAUGUGGGCUUGUGGUCGUCAUUUGUAUGAAUGUGCAGAAGAAGAAAAUGAUAGUUCUUUAGAUAAAGAUAUAGCUACGAAGAUGCGUCUUAGAGCUUUAUCAAGAUAUGGGCUUGAUACAGAACAAGUCUGGAGGAAUCAUAUUUUAGCUGGAAAUGAAGAUCCACAGCUCAAGUCACUCUGGUAUACUCUGCACUUUAUGAAGCAGUAUACUGAAGAUAUGGAUCAAAAAUCUCCAGGCAACAAAGGGACAUUGGUUUAUGCAGGAAUUAAGUCAAUCGUGAAAUCAUCCUUGGGAAUGGUGGAAACCAGCAGACAUAAUUGGAGUGGGCUUGAUAAACAAACUGAUAUUCAGAAUUUAAGUGAUGAGAGAAUCUUAGCUUUACAGCUUUGUGGGUGGAUAAAGAAAGGAACAGAUGCAGAUGUGGGGCCAUUUUUGAAUUCCCUUGUACAAGAAGGGGAAUGGGAGAGAGCUGCUGCUGUGGCAUUAUUCAACUUGGAUAUUCGACGAGCAAUCCAAAUCUUGAAUGAAGGGGCAUCUUCAGAAAAAGGUGAUCUGAAUCUCAAUGUGGUAGCGAUGGCUUUGUCAGGUUAUACAGAUGAGAAGAAUUCCCUUUGGAGGGAAAUGUGCAGCACUCUACGAUUACAGUUAAACAACCCAUAUCUCUGUGUCAUGUUCGCAUUUCUGACAAGUGAAGCAGGAUCUUAUGAUGGAGUUUUGUAUGAAAACAAAGUUGCAGUACGUGAUAGAGUGGCAUUUGCUUGUAAAUUUCUUAGUGAUAGUCAGUUAAAUAGAUACAUUGAAAAGUUGACCAAUGAGAUGAAAGAGGCUGGAAAUUUAGAAGGAAUACUGCUUACAGGCCUUACUAAGGAUGGAGUGGACUUAAUGGAGAGUUACGUUGAUAGAACCGGAGAUGUUCAAACAGCGAGUUAUUGCAUGUUACAGGGCUCUCCUUUAGAUGUUCUUAAAGAUGAAAGGGUUCAAUACUGGAUUGAGAAUUACAGAAAUUUAUUAGAUGCCUGGAGGUUUUGGCACAAACGGGCAGAAUUUGAUAUUCACAGGAGUAAGUUGGAUCCUAGUUCCAAGCCAUUAGCACAGGUGUUUGUGAGUUGCAAUUUCUGUGGCAAGUCUAUCUCCUACAGCUGUUCAACUGUGCCUCAUCAGGGCAGAGGUUUUAGUCAGUAUGGUGUCAGUGGCUCACCAACAAAAUCUAAAGUCACAAGUUGCCCUGGCUGUCGAAAACCCCUUCCUCGAUGUGCACUUUGCCUCAUUAAUAUGGGAACACCUGUCUCUAGCUGUCCUGGAGGAUCCAAAUCAGAUGAAAAAGUAGACCUGAGCAAGGACAAAAAAUUAGCUCAAUUUAACAACUGGUUUACAUGGUGUCACAAUUGCAGGCAUGGUGGCCAUGCUGGACAUAUGCUUAGUUGGUUCAGGGACCAUGCAGAAUGCCCAGUGUCUGCAUGUACGUGUAAAUGUAUGCAGUUGGAUACAACGGGGAAUCUGGUACCUGCAGAGACUGUCCAGCCAUAAAAUAUUACUACUAUAGAGAAACCUUCAGGUGUGGCUGUCCUUCAUAGCUCAAACACAUACCUCAGAAAAAGCCACUCAAGACUCCUGUGGUGGGAAAAUAAAUUAUUCUCUCAA